GAUGCACAAUGCUGUAUUUUCGCAUUGACGGCUGUGGAAUAGUCGAAGGUCCGGCUCAAGGCCUUUUUAGUCGUUAGAUUCUAGUGCUUGCUUCGUAGGUUAUGUUGUUUAUUCGCAAGGCGUUCGUGUGAGCAUGUGUAUAUGUGCGUGUGUGUGUUAUUCAGUAAUAAAUGCAGAACCGCCUCACUCUAAUCAAGCUGAUUAAAAAUUCCUGCGCGCACAGCCGGAAAUCGCACCAUCCUCUCUGUUUUCUCCGCACUUUUUACUUUAUUUUCGAGUCGUUCCUCCACCAGGACAUCGUCUGUCACGGGAGACCAUCUCGUUCGCCUCGAAUUCCGGCUUAAAUCUGCUUGUUACGGGCGUAUUUUCUUUUGAAAUGAGGAGGAAAAGGAAAGCCGAGACAGCGCCAGCACCAGCGAGGGGAGUGAUGAGUCAAUACAACUAAUAAUUUAAUGGGGACACAGGAAAAGGGAGAAAGAAAGGGGAGCUCCGUCCGGGCACAAAUUAAACGAACAGAAAACAGUCUUACCCAGGGAACUAUAAAGCAUCUAUGCAUGCCUUAAUCGCCUUAGAUGUCGUAAAGUAAAUCGUACUUUUAACCUGUUUGGGUCCGCAGAUCAUAGCUACGUCGUCUUACCACGAGAAACCAGAUUAUUGUCGCUUCAUGCUCUCCCGGACAGUCGCGAGGCUAAAUUCAUUCCACGUUAUUUUUUAUGUUAUAGAUGCUUACAUACCCACUGCAUAUCAGAGGACUUGUCGCUUGUGACUGUAUGCAGCUAUGGUUACUUUUAUUUUCGACGUGUUCUGUACGUAAGGACGCUUCGUAGUCCUGGUGGGUUAGCGACAGAACUAAACUCGCUACACUUGCAGCCGAUACCGUACUAUGCUGUGGACAGCGUUAACUUUCUUUUAAAAGGGUUUAAUUUUCCUUUCAUGACGUCGGAGAACGCGGACAACUCGGUAGCCUAGGCUACCAACAACUGGUUUUUCAGAUAUUUUUUUCUUGAAUUAAUAAUAGACUGUGUUAUCGGUUUUCUGUUCAUCUGUAUGUUGUAUUGAUUGACAAUUGAUUUUGAUGCUACGAGAGUAGCAUGUCGUCAAGAACAACUCUUUUUGCAAAAGGAUUGUAGAUAUUUUCUGCAAGUCAGACCUAACGUUAGAAAGCAGCAAACAUUGAAGUUUCUUUUCCCAACAAAACUUGAAGACGCUUUUCACCCCGACGACUUUAUAUGCUUUCGAGUUCUGAAGUGGUCACUGAAAAAACCUGACCUGGAUCACACUGCUGCAGGGUGCGGAUUGAGUGGUUAGGCUACUUACUUCACUGUGGUCGAUUUGCUUUGACUUCAUGUGAUAGCAAGCAGUGGCGCUGAGAGCUAUGGAGCAUCUCGGCGAGACGUGCCUGGGGAAGGAGAACUGUGAGCUGGUGGCGGCCGGCCUGGGCGAGGCCAAGGGGCCCCCAGCCAAGCUGGCCCGGCUGGAGCAGAACGGCAGCCCGCUGGGCCGCUCGCGCCUGGGCAGCUCCGGGGCCAAGCUGGGCGGCGUGCCCUUCAAGCCCUCCUCGCACCUCCUGAAGGCCUGCCACAAGAAGGGCAACAUGCUGCCGGUGUUCUGCGUGGUGGAGCACUACGAGAGCCCCAUCGAGUUCGACAGCAAGGAGGAGCACGCCGAGUUUGUGCUGGUCAGGAAGGACAUGCUCUUCAACCAGCUCAUCGAGAUGGCCCUGCUAUCACUGGGCUACUCACACAGCUCGGCUGCCCAGGCCAAAGGGCUGAUCCAGGUGGGCAAGUGGAACCCCGUGCCCCUGUCCUACGUGACGGACGCGCCCGACGCCACAGUGGCGGACAUGCUCCAGGACGUCUACCAUGUGGUCACCCUGAAGAUCCAGUUGCACAGUUGUCCUAAACUGGAAGAUUUGCCGCCCGAGCAGUGGACCCACUCUACAGUAAGAAAUGCCCUCAAGGAGUUACUCAAAGACAUGAACCAGAGCUCUUUGGCAAAAGAAUGUCCCUUAUCACAGAGUAUGAUUUCCUCCAUUGUGAACAGCACUUACUAUGCAAAUGUGUCUGCGGCGAAGUGUCAGGAAUUUGGGCGCUGGUAUAAACAUUUCAAGAAGACAAAAGAUAUGAUGGUCAUGCGCCAACCCUCCCAGCUGGAGGGCUACCUGGGGACGUGUGUCCUCCACGACAGCCCGCGUGGCACCACAGUAGCAGAGAUGGACGGCUUGUCAGAGCUGUCCCCACCGGGCCCAAACCACAUGAGCUUCAGCCAGCAGCCCAUCCCGGGCAGCACAGCCGAGCAGUCGCCCUCGCCAGUCACGCUGCCCCAUAGCGGGCAGGCGCCCGGCCGUGCCCAGCUCCCCGGCCUGCACCCGGGCUUGGUGUCCACGCCCAUCAGCCCACAGCUGGUCAACCAGCAGAUCGUCAUGGCACAGAUCCUCAACCAGCAGUACGCCGUCAACCGGCUGCUGGCCCAGCAGUCGCUCAGCCAGCAGUACCUGAACCACCCGCCUGUCAACCGCUCGCUCAACAAGCCGCUCGACGCCCAGGUCACGUCCAACACCGAGGUGUCGUCCGACAUCUACCAGUGGGUGCGCGACGAACUAAAGAGGGCAGGCAUCUCCCAGGCUGUGUUCGCCCGAGUGGCCUUCAACAGAACCCAGGGCCUGCUAUCAGAGAUCCUGCGUAAGGAGGAGGACCCCAAGACGGCCUCCCAGUCUCUGCUGGUCAACCUGCGUGCCAUGCAGAACUUCCUGCAGCUGCCCGAGGCCGAGCGCGACCGCAUCUACCAGGAGGAGCGCGAGAGGAGCCUGACGGCCGCCUCCGCCAUGGGGCCCGCCCCUCUCAUCAGCACCCCGCCCGCCCGGCCUGUGCAGGUACACCACGACAACGAUGCCCCACUUCCACGCUCUGACCAAUCCUAUAUGAUCAGCACCACACCCGUCUGGCCCGUAAAGCCGAGGAGAGAGGAAUGUAACAAUGUGAGACCUGAAGACUGGAACCCGAGAAUUCCUGUAGGAAUCUCACCUGUGAGUAAAUCACCCAGCCGCGUGACCAAUAGGGUGAAGCCCUCCCCCCUGCCCACUGAGUGGAACGGGAAGUCGGAGAGCUGCGUGCUCAACAUCACCUCCUCCAUCUACGACGAGAUUCAGCAGGAGAUGAAACGCGCCAAGGUGUCCCAGGCCAUGUUCGCCAAGGUGGCCGCCUCCAAAAGCCAGGGCUGGCUGUGUGAGCUGCUUCGCUGGAAGGAGGACCCGUCUCCGGAGAACCGCACGCUGUGGGAGAACCUGUCCAUGAUCCGUCGGUUCCUAAGCCUGCCGCAGGCAGAACGCGACGCCAUCUACGAGCAGGAGAGCAACGGGGGGCAGCAGCAGCAGCAGCACCACGGCGAGCGGCCCUCACACCUGCUGCACAUGCCCGCCGACCCUCAGCAGCAGCCUCCAUCCCAGAUGCAGCAUCCUAUGCCCCAGUCUCACCACACUCCUCCACACCAGCCCCAUCAGCAGCCCCAGCACCAUCAGCAGCACCACCAUCAGCACCAACAGCAACAGCAGCAGCAGCAGACAGGGCCCAGGCUGCCCCCACGCCAACCCUCCACCGCCUCCCCGGCCGAGAGUGAGGACGACAGCGGGCGCAAGUCACGGCCGCCCAGCCGCAUCUCCCUGGAGGCGCUGGGCAUCCUGCAGAGCUUCAUCCAGGACGUGGGGCUCUACCCGGACGAGGAGGCCAUCCACACGCUCUCAGCCCAGCUGGACCUGCCCAAGCAGACCAUCAUCAAGUUCUUCCAGAACCAGCGCUUCUACGUCAACCACCCCGGCAAGAGCAAGGAGUCGGCCGGCUUCUCUCCGGUGACCCCAGCAGUGGUUGCUGCGGCGGCAGCGGCAGCCGCCGCCACCACCACCACCACCACCACCGGCAUGGCCGAGCAGGAGCUGACAGACUUCAAGGAGGGCGGCGAGCUCCUGGACGGGCUGGACGAGGGCACCCAGACCAACAGCACCAUCUUCUCCAUCAAGCUGGAGGAGCACCUGGCGGCCGAGAGCCAGGCACAGGCUGAGCAGGAGGCCAAGGAGUAGCCAGUAGCUCUCCUCUCACCUUCUCUCUCUAGGUCUGUGGUCUGAACGAGUGUCUCUCUUCCUUUUAGUCUCUCUCUCUCUCUCUUAUUGCUCAUUUUCUCUCUUUCUCCUUUUUCUCUCACUCUUUCUCUCGACUCAUCGUAUGGCCAACACCGAUGGACUCUGUUGCAGACAGACUCAGUUGAUGCUGCGGUGUUCUGCCUUGCCCAUUUUGUAAAUCCUGUAUUAUUCACUGUAAAGACUGACGCAUCAUUUAAUAACCCGCACAAAAAAAAGAUAAAAGAUGAAAACGGAAAAAAAUCUAAGUCUGUUGCUGUGGAUAAUUGCUGACUGCACUUGAUGUCUGUUGUUUUUACACUGAUUUUGAGCUACUGAUUUACCAUUUAAAAAAUGAAUUCAAUGGAGUUUGAUAGACUUUGAUAGAUGUUUACGUAUGUGGUGUUAACUGGAUUUUUAAACGCAUAUGAAACUGAAGCAAAGAGGAGGACCAGGCCUUAAUGUUGAGGUACGGAGUCUAGAACCUGCUGACUGAUUUGUUAUUCUCUUAAAAAAUAAAUGAAUAAACAUACAAAUAAAUAAAAACAACUCAGUGUGACAAAUCACUCAAACUCUGGACCCUCUGAUCUUUGGGCUCAUUGGGGAGUUUAGCUCAAUCUUAUCAUUUGUUUGGAAGAAAAGAUAAAUAUAUUAUAUAAACAUAUAUUAAUUGUAAAAAAUAUACAGUCUUAAAGAAAACUAUGCCAACAAAUGCCUUGUACUAUAUGGCACUGCCGAUGUUAAGAUUAUUUUGCAAACCUUUGUCACUGUAAUUUUCGGGAUCUCCAAGCAGUUAGAAAGAAAUGUGAAUCACAACCUAUGUUUGUUUGUUUAUUUCCAUGAUUUUUGUUGUCCUACGUUAUUUAUUUGCAGUUCAUGCAGUAUUCUGAUGUAAUUAUGAUUUUGGAAAGUUUCUGUUACAUAGCGCUUUUUAUUUUACUGAACUUUUUCUAUUUAUAAAUGUCAUUUUGAUGGGCAGUAAAAUCAAAAGUGUCUUAACAUUUUAAAUGGAAAAUGUGCUUUAAUGGUUGCCUAUGAAAAAGUGCUGUAUGUCGAGCAACUCAUGCUAUAAGCUUCACAAUUAAUGUUGUAUGCAAUUUUUACUAUCAUGCAAAUAAGCUUAGGUCAAUUACUAACCUAUAGGACACCUUAGAGAGAAAAACAUAUGCAAUUUGUGUGAAAAUAGAUGUUUGCCAUGUGUCUUCCUUUGGUUAACAAUCCAAUUCGAAGCUAUUCCUGUAUAAAUACUCUGUAUAAAAAAGUGUUUCUUUUUUUAUGAGUUUAAUGCAAUGAGAACACCAGUUAUUUUGUUACAACUGACUGUUUUAUAAGUGUUUCUCUGUUUCUUUAUGCAGAAAUGUUCUAACUAGGAGUGGUUAUUGAUUGUUAAUGACACAAUUAAACUGUUUGUAUUGUA